AUGCCUACAGCGGUCGUUACAGGUGCAAACAGUGGCAUUGGCCAUGCAUUUGCCAUAAUAUUGAUCAACGAGGGAUAUAAGGUCUACGCUGUCGAUAAAGACCACGGACAUGGGUUGCAGAACCUGAGCUCUGAAGCCACCACUCACGUUCUCGAUGUGGCUUCAGUCGAGUCAAUCAAGAAUUUCAAGAACGUUCUUGGUGAUGAGGCAAUUGAUCUAUUGCUUAACAUUGCAGGGGUGGCUUCUGGCCCAGAUAAAGACGGGCUCUAUACAACUAACAUAGAUAUUCUGCAAAGAACCUUCGCAGUAAACACUUUCGGCCCUAUGCUUUUGACACAGGAACUUCUUCCGAACAUUCUAAGAUCUUCGAAGCCAAAGAUAGGCAUCGUGUCAAGUCGUGUUGGCUCAAUUGGGGACAACAGCAGCGGAGGACACUAUGCAUAUCGCGCGUCCAAAGCAGCUGUCAAUUCCAUCGGCAAGAGUCUUGCCAACGACCUUAAAGAGCAAGGUGUGAUUGUGACUUUACUGCACCCUGGAUUCGUGAGGACAAACAUUUUACCUGCCGAAAGUAUGCCUCCCGAAGCCGUCGAGGCAGACGAGGCAGCGAUCAAAUUAUGGGAGAACAUUGUCAGCAAGAAAGAGUUGGAGGACACUGGCAAGUUUUGGCAUAGGGAAGGCUAUGAAUUACCAUGGUAA